AUGCCUCGAGAUAUCACUCCCCCACCGACCAAUCGAGCACCUAAACGGACGAGGGUCUAUCGAGCUUGUCAAUAUUGCUUUAGUGCAAAGACGCGUUGUGAGGAUGUAAGGACAGAUGGCUGUUUCAUUUGCAGAAGGAAGGGUAAACUAUGUUCGCUAGCUGGAUUGAACAGUUCCGCAAAUAGCUCGGGAUCACAUGACGGUAACGCCAAUGAUGGCCGUACAGGCUUCAACGAAAUCGACAAAAACACAAAUGGGAAUGGGAAUGGGAAUGGCAACAGUGAUUUGCUGGAGAAGAUAGAAAGACAAGAGAAGAGAUAUAAACAACUAGAAGCGAGAUUCAAUCAAUUGGAACAAAGAUUCAUUUCUGAUCAUUCCCGACAGAAUCGCAAUGCUGAAACAUCGAGAUUGACAUUGAACGAACAUGGACAUCAUGAUUAUCACUUAGAUGCACAUUUACCACUACCAUCCAAGCAUCUUACGAAAACAUCACAUCCGCUCUUACCUCAAUCAUGGCAUGGACUUAUCCCAGUAUUCGAUGAGCACCUACUCAAUGCAACGGACCCAAACUCUCUACCUGACGCGGUGGAAUUAGGGUUGAUCAAUAAGACUCAGUUGGAAAUGGGAUUUCAAUUGUUCAAACAUCGAUUUUCCUCUAUAUACCCAUUCCACACAUUCCUACUUACCUCCACGUCCGUACCUUCUCAGAGCUUUAUCAACCUAGUCAUCUAA